UUUGAACGAUACGAUAGAACGAUACAUAAGUGAAUUGUAUCUGUCAGUGCGACAGGUGCGCACUCGAGAAAAUUUAUCAUUCAAAGAUAAAGUGAAAUAAUGUUCAACCGGAUACGUGGUACAGUGAGCGAGACAGCGAUCAAAUUAACGGAUAAAAAUGCUUGCAAAGGUUACUUGAAACGUAGGUUACCAAUUUUCGGCUGGUUACCAAGAUAUAAAGCGCCAUGGUUGUUACAAGAUGCGCUUGCUGGUUUUACAGUAGGUCUCACAGCAAUCCCUCAAGGGAUCGCUUAUGGAAUAGUGGCUGGACUGAGUCCUGAGUAUGGCUUGUAUGCAGCUUUUAUGGCAUCCUUCGUUUAUAUUAUUUUUGGAUCUUGUGAGAACAUAACUAUUGGGCCAACAGCAAUUAUGGCAACUAUGGUACAACCGCUUGUAUUGAGUCAUGGUCCUGAUAUGGCUAUAUUGUUGACAUUUUUAAAAGGAUGUAUUAUCACGUUAUCGGGUUUACUUCAUUUAGGUUUUCUUUUGGAUUUCAUUUCUUUACCUGUCAUCACCGGGUUUACCUCGGCUGCAGCUAUUAACAUUGCCUCGUCGCAAUUUAAAUCUCUUCUUGGUAUUCCGGGAAGGGCUGAAAGCUUUCUAGAUUCCGUUAUACAAGUUUUUUCGAAUUUAAACGCGAUCAGAUAUCAGGAUACGCUCUUGGGUAUAUCCACGAUCAUCGUCCUGGUUAUUUUCAAGAAUUUACCUGGACGACGAAACGGUACUUGGGUGCAAAAAUUUUUAUGGGGUUUAACAUUAGCUAGAAAUGCUAUAGUCGUUGUCGCAGGAACUAUUAUAGCUUACAUUUUUUAUUAUAAUGGAGAAGAAAUAUUUAAACUUACAGGAUCAAUGGGACAAGGUUUACCACCGUUCCAACCACCGCCCUUUUCAACGACUUACCAAAAUAAAACUUAUGAUUUCAUAGAAAUGACGACGAUUAUGGGAUCAACGAUCAUUUCCAUUCCUAUUGUUUCUACUAUCGAACAUAUGGCAAUUGCCAAAGCUUUUGCAAAGGGAAGAUCUUUGGAUGCAACUCAAGAAAUGUUCGCUCUCGGGAUCUGCAAUAUUUUAGGAUCUUUUGUAUCAUCAAUGCCAGUUACAGGUUCAUUCACAAGAACGGCUGUUAAUCAUGCGUCAGGUGUGAGGACACCUUUCGGUGGUUUAUUCACAGGUUGUCUCGUUCUGCUUGCAGCAGGUUUUUUAACAGGUACCUUUCGUUUUAUUCCUAAAGCUACUUUGGCAGGUGUCAUCCUAUGUGCCAUGUAUUAUAUGCUAGAUUUUGAUACUUAUUUAUUACUAUGGCGUGCGAGAAAGAUCGAUUUUUGCGUAAUGGUAUUAACGCUCCUACCAUGUAUCUUCCUUGGUCUUGAAUUAGGAAUAGCCAUUGGUAUAGUCCUUAACCUAAUGACGUUACUAUAUUUUUCGGCAAGGCCAUCCGUCGAAACUAAGCUCGAACAGAAUGAUCAGAACCGAGUUAUGAUACACAUAAUUCCUGAAGAAGCUCUUGCAUUCCCAGCAGCCGAACAUUUGCGUUCUAAUGUAAUGAAGCUUACAGAAGAAAGUUGUUGCAACGUUGUACUGGAUUUCAAAAAUCUUAAAAGAAUUGAUGUUACUGUUGCUAAGAAUAUAAAAUUACUUGCAAACGAUCUCUCGUUGAGAGGACAAGAACUAAUUUACGUUAAUUGUUGCAAGAAUGUUGAGAAUAUCUUGAGGACAGUUGCACCAGAAUUACAAACUGAGUUUCGUGAAGUUGCUAUUGCGAAUAUUUGAUAAGAGUGGAAAAUAGACGAAGAGAAAAGAAGAUAAGAUAUAAUAGGAAGUAUAUAGAAGAUACAUCGACCGAGUUUACAAUCAUUGUGAGAAGACAGAUACAAAGUAAAAUGAUACUGAAUUUGUCUUCUCAAAUGUUAAGUUUUUUUCAAAAAAAAAAAAAAAUCGAAGUUCUUCUAUCCUUUUUUAUCUUUUUCUGAUUCUUCUUUUUUCUUUAUCAAAAUAUCCAUCAGAUCUAAAAAAAGAAACAAAAUAUUUUUAGAAAUUCAUUGUAUGAACGAUUGUUUUGUACGUGCAAUCAGUCAAGUUUCUAACAUGACUGAUAGUGUACUUUUUGUAAAUAAAAUUAAAAUACGAAAA